CUACUUAAAGAGAGCCCCAACGACUCACAUGUACACACACCACAACAAAGGCACAAAGGCAGAAGCAAGCAGAGAGCUCUGUUUCAAUAGUUCCCCCAAAACCAUGAACACCACAAAAAGCAUGACCCUCUUCCAACUCUCGCUCAUCAUCUUCGUCUUCUUUUUCACCCUCCAUCCAAACCCAACCCUCGGAUCCCCAACCAACGACGCUGAUUUCAUCCGUACAAGCUGCGGCACCACGCUCUACCCGCAAGUCUGCUACACCUCUCUCUCCCGCUACGCCAGCGCCAUCCAGAACAACCCGGCUCAGCUCGCCAAGGUAGCCAUCAGCGUCAGCCUCGCUAAGGCCAGGCGCAUGGCCGCUUACGUCUCCGACAUCUCCCGCCAAGCCGACUACGGCGCCGACCCUCGAUCCGCCUCCGCCCUCCACGACUGCUUCUCCAACUUCGACGAAGCUGUGGACCAGAUUCACGAUUCGCUCACCCAGAUGCGCCAGCUGAGCAGCCCCGCCGGCUCCGGCGGCGGGUCGUUCCUUUUCCAGAUGAGCAACGUGCAGACGUGGAUGAGCGCCGCGCUGACGGACGAGGAGACCUGCACGGACGGCUUCGAAGACGUGGCGGAAGGGCCCCUGAAGACCGACGUGAUCAAGCGAGUGGAGAAUGUGAAGAAGGUGACCAGCAAUGCGCUUGCGCUCGUGAACAGUUUUGCUGAGAAGGGAGCCGGCGCGCCGACGCCCCGAUGAGUGGUUUGAGUUGGUUUUGACCGUUGGAAUUAAUGUUAAUUAAUUAAUUAGAGCUAGUAGAGGUUGAAUUACAUAGUACUCUGUACGUAUUUUCUUGCUUAAUUGUGUGAGUCAGUCAGAGUGACUUUGUGUAGCAACACCAUAAACACUUGUGUUGUUUUUGUGUGUGUGUGUGUAUAUUUGCUCUCUUCUCUUCCAUUUUCUCCGUCUUCCAUCCCUAUAGAGAUCUGUUUUUCCUGCAUAUUAUUUUGCAUUUAAUUGAGUUAAUAGUUUUGUAA